AUGCCUCCUCAAAUUCAACCAUGGCGAGAGCCCAUUGCCAUUGUGAGCAUGGCAUGCCGUCUACCAGGCGGUAUCGAUAAGCCAUUGGACCUCUGGGACCAUGUUCGAGCAGGUCGUUCGUCAGCCACUGCCAUACCGAAAGAUCGAUUCAAUACCGAGAACUUUCUGUCUAUGGAUCCCAACAAGAAGGGAGAACAGGCCUUUAGAGGUGCUCACUUUGUGAAAGGAGACAUUAAGCAGUUUGACCAUAAGUUCUUUGGGAUAAGCAAGGAUACGGCAACUGCUAUGGAUCCCCAACAGAAACAGUUACUUGAGGUUGUCUAUGAAUGUCUCGAGUCAGCCAAUAUCUCGAUGGAAACUAUUUCCAAGUCCAAGAUUGGCUGUUACUGUGCCAUGUUUGUUAGUGAUUAUCAUGAUAUGCUGAUGCAAGAUCCUGAGUAUCUUCCAACAUUUAUUGCUAUUGGAACGACACGCACCAUGCUUGCAAAUCGUAUCAGUCACGCACUUGACCUCGGUGGUCCCAGUGUUACUAUCGAUACAGCCUGUUCUGGUUCCCUUGUCGCAUUGCAUCUUGCUUGCCAAGCACUGCAAGCUGGCGAAUGCGAUGGUGCUGUGAUCGGUGCAUCUAAUCUGUUUUUAAGUCCUGAUUACGCCUUGUCACUUACGCGACUUGGCGCUAUAGCUGCUGAUGGCCAGUGCAAGACAUUUGACGCUGGCGCAAAUGGAUACGGCCGUGGCGAAGGUACCAAUGCUGUGUACAUCAAGAGGCUCAGUGAUGCUAUUCGAGAUGGAGAUAACAUCAGAUCCAUCAUUCGGGGUACUUCCUCCAACAGUUCUGGUGCCACUCCAGCAAUCACAGAACCCUCUGGACGGGCCCAAAGAGAUACAAUCUUACAGGCUUAUGCCCAAGCUGGAAUUGAUAACUUCAGUGAAACAGGGUACUUCGAGUGCCAUGGAACAGGUACACCUGUGGGUGAUUGUAUAGAGCUUGGGGCAGUGGGCGAAGUCUUUAGUGCUAGCCACAACUCUGGAGAUGCCCUUUGGGUUGGCUCUACAAAGCCAAAUGUCGGACAUUCCGAGGCGGCCAGUGGUUUGAGCAGUCUUAUAAAGGUGGUGCUAGCCUUGGAAAAGGCAGAAAUUCCUCCAAACACCAACUAUAAGACACCAAAUCCCAAGAUUGACUUUGAUGGUUGGAGAGUCCGUGUACCAACAAGCGCACAUCCUUGGCCUUCCAAGUCCAUCCGACGAGCAAGUGUCAACUCUCUCGGUAUCGGCGGAUCGACUGCGCAUGCCGUCGUUGAGUUCUACGAGCCUCGCAAGAUUACUGAUGGGCCUGCAAAUGGUAUGAACGGCACCAAUGGAUUCAAUGGUGCUCAUUCGGUAGCCGUUACCAACGGCACCAAUGGCCACCACGAGGAGGAUAAAGCCAACAAGCCCUCCUUCCUUAUGUUUACAUCUGGCGCAUCCCGAGAAUCGCGAGACACGAAUACCAAUAACCUAUUGGACUUUCUCAAGAGCCACGAGGAAUGCCACGAGUUGACUGGUCCCCUCAUCACAGCCCUGAAUGCUCGCAGCCAGAUUCACAUUCGACCUUGGAAGUCGUUCACUGUUGCCCAGACAGUCGGUGACCUUAUCCAGCAGCUAGAGGGCAAUUCAAUGAAGUCCAAUCAAACACCAGUUAGUGGUAAUGAGCCUGACAUGCUCUUUACAUUCACUGGUCAAGGUGCUACAUGGUCGCAGAUGGGUAAACGUCUUCUUGAGACGUUCCCUGUAGCGCGCAACACCUUACAUCAGCUUGACGAUGUCAUCAGAGAGCUUUCAUCCUCGGAUAAGUCUGAAUGGUCUUUGAUAACCAAGCUUACUGCCGAACUCACCCAAGAUGAGAUCAAUUUGCCAUCACUCGCCCACCCUCUAUCCCUCGCAGUACAGAUAGCUCUUGUCGACCUUCUUUCGAGUUGGGGAGUGCUUCCAGAUGGUGUCGUCGGUCACUCUGGUGGAGAGACAGCUGCCGCAUACGCAUGUGGUGCUCUCACAGCCAGGGAAGCUAUCACAGUCGCUUACUAUCGUGGAAUCGCCUGUGAGAAUGCCCCCUCUGGCUCUAUGCUUGCUGUGAGAAGCGACCCCAAUGCAAAGGAGCUCCAAGACGCAUUGGAACGUAACGAUGUGCAGAUUGCCUGUUUCAACGGUCCCCAGAACCUCACUCUCGCGGGUUCUACAGAGGGAAUCAAGAAUUUGGCAGCCGAAUUGAACAGUCAUGGCAUUGUUUCUAGGGCUGUUGCGGUUACUAGAGCUUACCAUACAAGAUCCAUGAAGGUAGUUGUUGAUGACUAUGUCGCGCGCCUCCGGAGUGUCCUUCAUCCAAAGGCAGGACGUGUUCCAAUGUAUUCGUCUGUUACUGGUUGUCAGUUGGAGGGUACUGAGGUUGGUGCCGAUUACUGGGGAGCGAACCUCGUUUCCCCAGUUCUUUACACCGAUGCCGUCACACUGGCCAUGACUCAAGCAGACCGUAAGUUUGGGUUGUGUGUUGAGAUCGGACCUCAUUCGCUGCUUUCGCGACCAACAUCUGAGAUUGUCAAGUCGCUUCCUGAUGCGCCCCAACUACCCUACUUUUCCACUAUGGUCCGAAACGUGGACACAAACCAGCAACUCAUGAGUCUUGCAGGCGAUUUGGUUCUCAACGGCAAACGCCUGGAUCUGGAUCAAGUGAACAAACCCAGCUUGUUCCAAGGCGGCAAGACUACUCGUCUGCCCAACCAUAUUCAGGACAAUCUUCCUGCUUAUGCUUGGGACUAUUCUUCUACGCCAUGGACAGAGCCACGCAACAGCUCUGACUGGCGUUUCCGCAAAGCGCCACGACAUGAGAUUCUGGGCACCCGUUGUCGAGGCGCAAAUCCUUCUGCGCCCACUUGGAGGAACAAGGUGUCAAUAGAAGAUGCGCCUUGGCUCGUUGAUCAUCAGGUCAAUGGCAUUGUCACCUUGUCCUUCACUACCGGUAUCGCCAUGGUAGUGGAGGCUAUGAUGCAAGUUCAAGAAGAGAACAAGGAGAUAGACUGGGCUAAUCAUUCGUUUGAGUUGGAAGACUUUGUCUUUUCCAACUCUAUCAUCCUUCCUGAUGAGAACGCGAUUGAGCUCUUCCUCACUCUAAUUCCACGGAACGACAAUGCCAGAUCCGAUGGAACAUGGUAUGACUUUACCAUUUCUUCGCUCAGAGGGGACGUUGAUAUCCGCCAUUGUCAUGGCAAGGCCGUGGCCUUGGAGAACAACGACAGCGCUUCUUCCCAGUCCAGAACCUCGUGGCAUCAUAUGCCCCUUGAGGUACCGCUCAAGAGCUACUACAAGACUCUGGAGAGAGUUGGCUAUGGCUACGGUCCCAAAUUCCAGCUUCUUUCCGAAGUGCGAGUCCGACCAGGUCUCUCAGCCUGCGCUGCCAAGAUCGACAUGUCAUCAACCGGUCAAUCGCCAGUUCGCGGCCAGCGAUAUCUUUUGCACCCUGCCAUGAUGGAUGCAGCCCUGCAGACGCCUGCAUUGGCCAAUCGCUCUGGAUAUUUCCAAGAGAUCGAUACCUUGCUUCUACCAUCCCGCAUGAAGAAGAUCUCUAUCCGUAUGCCCACCGACAAGACGGAUACUGCCUUUUGUGCUACCAACACAUCGCCUGUUGGUUUCACUCGGAUCGAAGGAAGUGUCCAGUGCUACGAUACCUUAUCGAAGCCUUUCUUCGUGGUUGAGGGUCUACAGAUGGACAGGGCCACGGGUGAGGACCAAACUACCCUUCCUUGGCUGCGACUCAACUGGAAACCUGAUAUCGGUGACAUCUCUCACAAUGGUCCCUCGACCAGCUCCAUCCAGAUCAGGAGUCUUCCAGCAGAGAAGAAGCUUGUCAAUCUGGAGGAUCUAGUCAAGGAGCUCAUACCCAUGAUUUUUGAGAAUGGUAUUGACCAGGGUAAGAACCUGGCUCCUCACUUGCAAUCGUACCAUGCCUGGUUGCUCGAACAAGCCGAGUUGCACAAAGCAAAGCUCGUCGCACGCCAUAAGCAGAAUGGAUUUGCCACAGUUCAAGACGCCAUUAUGAACGUCGUUGCAAACUCUGGGAUCUCUGAGACUGUUGAUGCUUCCAUCGUGUCACAACUAGCCAUCAACAUGGCAAGGAUCUUCCGUGGGGAAGUUGAAGCAUUGGCUGUCUGGCUCGAGAAUGAUUUGCUCUACAGAUUCUACGAAGAGAGUAUCUUCACAACAAGCAUGAACCAGAAGCUUCGCUCUGUUGCUGAGCUUUUGGCCCACAAGAACCCUAACAUGAGAGUCUUGGAAAUCGGAGCUGGAACUGGCGGAGCAACGACUGAGAUGCUUCAAGGUUUCUCCAGGGCUGGCGGGCCUGGUGCUUACCAGUCAUUCACUUUCACAGACAUCUCGGCUGGUUUCUUCGACAAGGCAAAGAAGAAGUUUUCAGCUUGGGAUAGAAUGGAGUUCAAGACUCUCGAUAUCGAGAAAGAUAUUUCUGAGCAAGGAUUUGGCUCGGAGAAGUAUGAUCUCGUGGUUGCAGCCAACGUUUUGCAUGCCACUGCCGACUUGCCGUUUGCGAUGAAGAACAUUCGAUCAUUGCUGCGUGAUGAUGGAUACCUUUUGGUUGGUGAGCUGUCAGAAGACCUCACAUCUGCCAAUUUCCUCUGGGGACCAUUGACCGGUUGGUGGCUACGUCCUCGAUCUCCGGGUCGUUCUGGUCCUGGUCUUUCCAUGGAUGAAUGGCGAGAUGAGCUGACUGCAGAUUUCGAUAACGUUGUCGAAAUCGAGGCUAGACGGGACGAGACUGGUACGGAUCAAAUCUCGAGCACUAUCGUGAUAACGGCCCGAGCAAAACCAGUCGACUACACCCCACCCAAGCCUCUCUCGGAGCAGAGGGUACAUCUUGCCGGAGUUGGCAACGACUCUUCUGCUCGUGACCAGAUUGAGCACCGACUCUCCAAAGGCGGUAUCAUUACAACUUCCAGCAGUCUGGAAGAUCUCACCUCGCGAGAGUGGUCUGGAGAGUGGCUCAUCAUCUUGGACGAGGCUGAAGGAAGUUUCCUUGCUUCUCUCAAUUCCAAGCAGUUGGAGGCCUUGAAAUCAUGGCUUACGAAGCCUAUCAAGUGCAUUUGGGUCACCCAAAAUGUUUACCUCAACCCGCAAAAUACAACAGGAGGUCUGGUGACAGGUUUCGCACGAACCCUCCGAGGAGAGAACAGUCAACUAGAGCUGUACACAUUGGACCUGAGCAGCGAGGGCGACGAUACAGCCAACAUUAUCCGCCACGUUUUGGAACGAGCCCACUAUUCUCAUGACGAUCCAAUCUCCAGGUUGGACUACGAAGUGGCUGAGAAGGAUGGACAACUCUGGACAUGCAGGCUCGUCAAGGAUUCUGGCUUGGAAGAUGCAUUUGGUCCUGCGCGAAAGAUGGAAGUAUCUGCUCGCCAGUUAGUUCAAACUCCGCAUCGCUUAGUCGUGGGAGAACCAGGCAUCUUGGACAGUCUGACCAUGGCCCAAAACGAUGGACACUCGGUGGUGCCAAACGGACAUGUUCUUGUUGAGGUCAAGGCUGUCGGUCUUGAUGAACGGGACGGGCGAAUUGCUCAAGGGUCUCUUCCAGCACUGGAGUUCGGUCGCGAGUGUUCUGGUGUUGUCAAGAGCUGCGGUGCUGAUGUCACAUCACUCAAACCUGGUGACCGCGUUGCUGUGAUCGGCCAGGGAACUUUCGCCACUCAAUACCUGGCUCCUUCAGGGUGUUGUGCCAAGAUCCCCGAAUGGCUUUCCUUUGAUGAUGCUGCCGCGAUCCCGGCAAGUUUCGUCACUGCUUUGUAUGCGUUGACCACGCCUGCGAGAAUCACUGCCGGCCAGAAAAUCCUUGUCGCCAACGCUACAUCCGCCCAGGGUAUCGCUUUGAUCAAGACAGCGAAGGCUCUCAAGCUUGACGUUCAUGCCACUUUCAGUGAAGGUGACAAGUCCCUUCUUACGAAGCACGGCGUCUGUUCAUCCAGCAUUUUCCCUAUCUCUACCAACGCUAGCCGUCUCAAUGCUUCUCGCACUAUCAAUGGCCAGACGUACAAACUUGUACUGAACACUCAGCCAGGCCAAUAUGCAAGCUUUUCGCACUUGGUCGCGAACCGUGGAACAUAUGUCGAGAUUGGUUCAGGUGAAUCGCAUGAAGAUGAAGGAGUUCUCCGUCCUAACAAGAAUGUCAUGUUUGCUUCCAUUGAUCUCGUGGAUGCGUACCUCGAAAACAACGAGGACCUUGGAGAGUUACUGCACCAAAUUAUGGCUAUGGUUGAGACGCGAGUCCUCGACGUAAACCUGGCAGCUUCGGUAUCAAAGCUACACUCAUUACAAUCCGCCUUCUCAGCACUUUUGGAGGACAGUUCGCAGAAGCAGGUCGUUUCACUUGCAGAUGUUGACGACGGGCAUAUGAUCAAGACACGACCCAAGACUUCUGUCUUCGAUUCUCGAAAGACCUACAUCAUCACGGGAGGUCUUGGUGGUUUGGGUCGUGGAAUUGCAGUCUGGAUGGCCAGCUACGGCGCUCGAAACCUCAUUCUAGCCACCAGCUCAGUCGCAAAGGCCUGUCAAUCUGGCGAUCUGCUUCAGCAGCUUUCGUCUUACGGAUGCCAUGCCAGAGUUGAGGUCUGUGAUGUGGGCAACUCUUCAGCUGUUGAGCGUCUCAUCUCAAGUAUCAACACUCCUGUUGGUGGAGUAAUUCACUCAGCAUUGAGACUCAGUGACUGCUUCUUCGAGGACAUUACCUUGGAAGACUUUGACGCAGUUUUCGGUCCCAAGGUCAAUGGUGCUUUGAACCUCCACCACUGUCUCCAAGGGCAAAAGCUUGAUUUCUUCGUCAUGCUCAGUUCCGGCUGUGGAGUUUUGGGUAACGAGGGUCAGUCUAAUUACUCGGCAAGCAGCACUUUCCUUGACACAUUUGCCCGCUACCGUCAGAGCCUUGGUCUUCCGGCCUCCUCUAUUGAUCUCGGCUUCGUGGAGGAUGUCGGAAACAUCAGCGAGCGUCCUGAGAUUCAAGCAUCCUUACUUUCUCGUGGUUUGAGACCUAUCACAGUACGCGAUGUUCUCCGCGUGGUUGAAGGUGCUAUUGCUACAGGUCAUCCUAAGCAGGUUAACGCAGCCAAUGACUCUGUUUACGAUGACUUUUUGCAGAGUCAGAUUGUCCUCAGCUUUGGUAUGAUCGACAAAGCGACAGCAGAAUGGCAGUCCUGGGCCAAAGACGCAAAGUUUGGUUUGCUGCGAUCAAAAGCCACUGACAAUGCGGCAAGUGAUGCCGAUGCGGGCGGUGGAGAGAGCGCAGUCCAGACAGCUGUCAAGGCUUUCCGAAACACCCUUGGUCGACUGGGUGAUGCUUCUGAAGGGAAGGAAGCUGCUUUGCAACCUGUCGUCUGCACUGCUCUCGUUGCCAAGCUGGCACAAGUACUGUCGAUCAAGAUUGGCGAGAUCCAGCCUACAAGGUCAGCCAUUCAGUACGGCAUGGAUUCACUGAUUGCUAUUGAGGUCAGGUCUUGGGCAAGAUAUGCCUUCCAGAUCGAUCUCCCUAUCAAUGACCUGACGAACCCUUAUAGUAUUCAGGAUUUGGCAGCCAGGGUUUCUAGAAUGAUUAUAUAG